AUGGCACGACGCUUUACUUAUGCGGAGAAAGGCAAAAGUGUUGCUCCUGCGGGAGCUCCCAACCCACAGCUUCGCAUACGAGCCCCCAACGUCGACACAGCUGAUCUAGUUAGGAAGAAUGCCCUAACUCUCAUUGGACGCCUAACUAACCCACAAGAACAACGUAUGAGAACUAUGCUGCCUUACUUCUCAAACAAAUGGGAGCUAAGAGGUGCAGCAGAAGGCUCUGACCUGGGUAAUGGUUGUUUCCAAUUUCGUCUCGACUAUGCUGAGGACUUGAGGAAAGUUCUGGAGGACCGCCCCUACCAAUAUUCUCGAUGGAUGGUCAUCUUGGAGAAAUGGGAACCCAUCAUCUUGCCAACCUUCCCUUCCCAGAUCCCCUUUUGGAUCUCCCUAAGAGGCAUACCCCUCCACUACUGGAAAAGAGAACUACUUCUCAGCAUAGGAGAAAAGCUAGGUCACCUCACCUCCUAUGAGCUUACCUCAACAGCUGCAAAGAUUAAGGUUGAAGUCAACAGACUUGCUUCUUUAACAAAAGAGGCGAUAGUUGAAUUCGAAGGAGGGAGUGAAGCUCUGGUUACCUUAGAGUACCACAAACUGGACAAACACUGUCUAUACUGCCUUAUGCUUACCCACGAGGAGUCGGAAUGCCCGGAAAACCCUAAGGCAAAAACCCUCCCUAGACGGGAAAGUUCCCCCACGGUGAAGCCAAACCACCUGAAACCUCCUUUCUUCACCACCUCGGGCGAACCCCAUCUCCCACAUCAACGAGACACCGGAGCCUACAGGACAAAAGCCUUAUCACAAAGGCCACACGGAUCUCGCGCUUCUCGCUCCCCACCACAUUCCCGCGUCUCCAAAGGCGCUCGCGGAUCCCCAGACCUCCGUGCUUCCCGUCAAACAAAUUCGUCUCCACCAUACCGUGUGGACCACAGAAUCAUCCCAAGACAGCGCUACUCCGUUGAACGCUCCCAGCCCUGGUCUCGUUCAUCCCCGCAACAAAGACAGAGAGACCCUCACAACUCCCCCCGAAGGCGCUCAACCCAGAUCUGGAGAGAGAAGUCACCAAGAUGUGAAAUCCUCCAAGAUCUCCAAGACGUGGAUAUACGCUAUGUAAAUUGUGGAGAUCCUGCUGAGAGUGCAGCCCGAAGACAAAGAAUCUUGGAAAGUGACAAUAAUGGGCUGCUCGCCGACACGGUAGCCUUCCUCUACAAUGCGCCUUCAAACCUCAUCCCUCUAGCGACUGAAGUUAACCCGACUCCACCAGAAGUAGCCUGCCCCCUGGAGAACGAUGCAAACAGAAGAGCUGAUCCCAUUGAAUCCCCGGAGCAAGGUCUAGUUCUAGCAAAACCAACAAAGAGAAGGGGGAGACCUCCUUCAAAACUAGCCAAUCCAAGCUCUUCAAACCACCCUGCAGAAGGAACAAGCAAACGAAAAACUAAGAAUCAGUUACGCUCUCCUCUCCUCAGAAUCUCUCCCCUGUCAAGAGUCAUCCAGAGUAGAUCCAAUGCAACUCCACAGAACCUACCUGCAAGAAGGAGAAGAACCGAUUCAGGUCAGGGCCAGAGCAGCUUACCACCAAGAGCAAGAACCGUCCCAGCAAAACUCAAAGAUGGUGCGGAUUUUCAAUCCCCACCAAGUCCUCUUCCUUAG